GAAUGCUGGGUCGCGAUAGUGUGCGCUCGUAUGCGCAUCUGGGAAAAGUCAAACCGCUCGCAGCAGCUUUCAUCGGCGGCAAGACGCGAGCCCCAGAAACGAGGCGUCGCCAUCAUCACUUCUCACCGACUUCAUCAAAGUGGCCGGCACGCAUCUGCCCCGCAGGAGGAUGCACCGUCGUGGCAGAUGGGGCCUCGCCACCCAAAUCCCCUCCCUGACGUUAGUGGCCUGGUGGUUGUUGACAGUUGGAGUCAAAGGAAUGGUGGUCGGUUACACAGAACAGGACGUCCGUUACGAGAGCGUCGAGUGGGACCCCGUAAGAGGAGCCACUACCACUUACAGUCGUCACCGCCAGGGUGGCGCGUCCAUCACCACUCGCCCGAUGACGUCACCGGUUGAGUCAUCAUUUAGGCCUCGAGCGAAAGCAACAUAUGCUCCCGCUGGAAGCGAGCGCGCAAACUGGAAGAACAACGAGGCCACUACCAGUGAUCACCGCCAGGGCGGCGCGUCGCCAACUACUCUCACGAUGACGUCACCGGCUGAGCCAUUGCACAUGCCUCGAAUGCAGAACGAGAGUGACGGAGCACUUCCGUGUGCAAGGUGGAUCAGCUUCCGCCACAUAUCAAAAAAGUUCGUGGCAGUGCGGUCAUUUCACGUCCAAGCCUCGGCAUUGGGCAGAGCUGUCCUGGGGACCGUCUUCCUCGCGACCAGCCUGCUCGUCGUUGCCUCCGUGUUCGCCAUAGUGUGGUGCUUUUGCCGAAGUUGCCGGGGUGCCAAAAAAGAGGAUAAUCCACUGGCCACACGGACACCGCCGCCUGCGUACACUGCAUCAAAAUGCGGGCCGUUGGGAGGAAUGCACAGCAUAGUGAUCUCCCCACCACCCCCUUAUGGUAGCGUCAUCGACUCGACAGCCGCUCCAGUUCACUGCACCGGAACGGGGCAGCCGAAUACCGCUGUUCCUUCACGGGGAACUGACCAGCCGCCUACGUACCAGGCCGCCAUGUCCUCGUUUCCUCCACCGCAGACGGCCUCCGAAAUUCCUCGCUAAUGACUUUUUCAAGACGAUAGUUAUAUGUUUGUAUGUCGAUUUUUUUUUAUAAACAUUUAGUACACGGCCGACUCGUCCACUCACCCCCGUAUUCUCAAAUGAUCCUCGACUCGAAGCUCUACCUCCGCCCCACCGAGUUGAGCACAGCGCCGCCCUUGGACUCAUAAAGACACUGUACGCUUCUCGUGAAUCGCCGUUGGAUGAUUUUAAAUCGCCGUAACCAUUUCUGUCGAGGGAUGGCGCUGCUAUCUAUACUUUCUUGAGUCGAGGUGGAAGAACUGUUGAUUGCAGGAACUUUCUUGAAUACGGUCGCUAAGGUUACAGAAUGUAAAGUACAGGCUCGUCAACUCUUAGGGUGAACACGUACGUGAUCGCACUGCUUUCUUAACUCGAUUUGUAACAAAACUUGUGCCCUGAUGUCAUGUCUAUCAUCAACAUUAAAUAGAACCAUCGAUUUCGUAGAGUUGUUAUUUUAUUGCGAUAAGAAUUAUAUGGACACUCCAAGCGCAUUCCUGCCGUCGCCGUCGUCGUGAGGUUCCGUAUGAAGUCCAACGGUGAUAAAAUCGUCGCCGCGCGCCGUCUGCUGUAUGUGCGAGUGAAAGCGCGCGAGGGACGCGUGCUUUCACGGAGAGCGAAUGCACGGCGGAGGGCAAACACGACGUCUCCGAUCGUGCGAAAUGCCGUAGGGGGAUGGGAGGGAGGGAGGGAAGGAGGGGAGGCGACGUUUAGCUGCGGCACUCAAUGCGUAUCUUGCGACCGGGUACAAGGGGAACUGGCGACUCAAUCUCCCACGCGAAAGGAGGUAAGCUCGAAGGCAGCGCGGGUCAGAAGGGUGCGCGGCUUCUACUCUGCCAGGAACUGUGUACUUGUACUUUGCGCGGCUGAGGGCUGUUGGGCGCACCGGUAUCUUGAAAGCGAUCUCCACACGACUCUGAUCUUUGUAUGCGCCGUGCUUUCGCCGCUCAGUUUCCUGUACAAGCGAUAGACCACACGAACCUUCGGUCACCGCUCCAGGCGCGCUUGCUCACGCCAGCGUUUUGACAGUGCUUGUAUGCGGUCAUCGAGUGUGAUUUAUUCAUGUUUGCUUGAUCGCGCUGACACCAUGCUUGUUAAUUCAGUUAGUAAGCGAAUGUGUCCAAGUAUAUGCAGCCCAUAAAACUACUUUCCUUACUCCGUAUACCCUACUAGUAAAUUUGCUAUCGCAAUUGAUGCUUCGCCUUUCGGGCGAAACUGCCACUUUUUUUAAUGAUUUAUUUUGAAUUUAGAAACAUUUCUUGAAUUUCGCACAAACCGGAAGUCGGUGGUCGAUCGAAAGUGGCUGUUAAGAAACAGAGUGUCACUCACUGGUCGUGCCACUAAAAAUAUUCGUCUGCCCUUCCCCUACCGGGAACAGGGGGCCACUGCGAAGCUUGUCGUACCCUCAAAACUGGGUGUCGCGUUCCCUGGCCUCGGGGCUCGCUGCGCUUCGGUAAGACGGGCUUUUCACGUGGAAUCCUCUGCCUGCCGCUGUAACCGAGACUGGGCUCUCUUGAAUGCAGGGUCCGCACGGUGAGCGUGAGCCUGCUCCCGGCGACGCCGACGGCGUUUCUCGCCUAAAGCGGCCUAUAUACAGCGAAGCUUUGUGCGAGUGCAAAAAGAGUCAAAACACGAGUACACACACCCACAAAUUAUACCGAGUGUUUCAUUAGGCGGAGUUGCUGACUACUAUAUUUAGCGAGUACGACGGACGCCUUGAACGCCUCACAGUUUCAGAGGCAGCAUGCGCAUACGCACUAUACGUAGCGCAAUUCGCUUGCAACAGAGUCGUUCAAGUGCUUCCGGAGCAAGUCAUUUUUGGAACUUCCACAUAGACCUCUUCCUUUUCAGUCGUUACGGUGGCACAAAGCUCUGGUAAAACUUCUCUCAAGCUACUCCUCCAAAUUGCGAAUAUUUCUCGGGGAUAAAAAGAAGUGACGCUACUCCCCACAAGAAGCGUAAUACCUUAUUUUGUAUUAUUAAUUACAAUAAAUCCAAAAGAAGUUAAAUCAUAAAGAGGCCAACAGUUCCAACGAGCUUGACAUAUAUUUUCACAUGCUUUACCAGCUUUACCCGCCGCCGUGGCUUAGCGGCAAUGGUGUUGCGCUGCGAAGCGCCAGGUCACGGGAUCAAAUCCCGGCUGCGCGGCCGCAUUUCGAUGCUGGCGAAAUGCAAAACAUCAAAGCCCCCUUCUUAAAGAAAGAUGGUUGAACGCGAAGCUUUCUCCCAUGCGAACUGAAUCAAAGUCCAAAGACAACCGCCAGGCAGCGAACCUAAGAAAUGUUGAGCGACCCGAUGCGAAGCACAUGUGAUUUGACUACUUGUUUAGGAUUGUGUUUUUUGAACGUUGAAGUUGAAUAAAGACGCAUUUCGUUAAGCUGCAUCGCCUUUAUUUUAGAUCAUGUAGCCGUUGAUUACACGCACACACUCACAUUUUCACUGACGACUCUACACUUGCACAGCAUUGCCUUGUGAUCGUUGCGGUGGAUGGUGGUGAUGGUAAAAACAUUUAUUGGGUCCUUAAUGAGAAUACAUAGGAGGUAUGCAGAGUUCCUCCCCUUAAGGGGACGGCCCCUAUAAGUACUAGGUGGGGAUCCCUAGUACGGAACCCCAUUGGCGUCGGCAGCUGCCUGGGCUCGUCCGACCAAGUCCUUUCUUUUUCUUUCUCUCGGCUUUGAAAGUUCUUGACGGAACUACUAAGUUUAAUAUGACAGUAGACGGUCAGAGGCUCUGCCGUUGCCGAUACGUGGUAUCGGCCUUCCGAGCACGAUCGCGCUCGCGCUUACGUUCGCGUACGGCAGCCUCUUCUGCCGUGCGAUGCCCCCCGGCAUAUACCCAUGGUGACGGCCGGGAAUGCAUUGCGUGACGCGCGUAAUGCAAUGCAGAUAUAUACAGUUCGUCUGGAUAGCGUGGCGUUGCAUUUCCUAUUGUUCUUAUCGGUACAAAUGCGAAUGUAAACUGUAGUGUUCUACGAUACGUAUGUCGUGCGCCGUUGUUCUAUUGUGUGCGCAGAUGCGCAGAUAGUUCCAUUGUGUGUGUUGGCAUUCCUGCAAUGCGUUUUCGGCGCUCACGGACGAAUCAGUGAGACAUAGAAAGCUUCGCUUUAAUAUAUGUAAAUAAAAUGCGCUUUUGGCUGUGUUUUA